ACGGCCACACCUGGAUCAGGAGGGUUCACCAGGGACAAUCAGCCGAAGCGCCAUGCCUAUAUUGCUAUUGUGUAAAUGGAAGAGCUGGAGACCAGUUUAUUUCAUACGCGGAAAGCACACAGAAUAGAACAAAUGGUGGCAAGAUGGCUUCGGCGCUCUCGGGACAGUUCGGCCCGGGCUAAAGUCGCUGCAGCUGAUGGGCCUCCUGGGAACCCAACUCAGACCCUCACCCCUGUGAGGCACACAGUAAAGAUAGACAAAGAUGCCCUCCUCCAAGACUAUGGAUUUCACAUUUCCGAGAGCCUUCCCCUCACAGUGGUGGCCGUCACAGCAGGCGGCUCCGCUCACGGCAAGCUUUUCCCUGGUGAUCAGAUCCUCCAGAUGAACAAUGAGCCCGCUGACGAACUUUCCUGUGAGCGAGCAGUUGAUAUUCUGAGGGGAGCUGAAGAUACUCUUUCAAUCACAGUUGUGCGCUGUGUGUCGGGAGUUCCCAAAUCAUCCUUCCUGACUGAGGAAAAGAGAGCCAGGCUGAAGACCAACCCUGUGAAGGUGCACUUUGCUGAGGAAGUGCUUGUCAGUGGACACAGCCAGGGUAAUUCUCUGCUGUGUAUGCCCAAUGUGCUCAAGCUGUACUUGGAGAAUGGACAGACCAAAGCUUUCAAGUUUGAAGCAAACACAACUGUGAAGGACAUCAUCCUCACAGUGAAGGAGAAGCUGUCGAUCCGCAGUAUCGAGUACUUUGCACUGGUCCUGGAAGAGCAGUACAGUGUCUCCCGGCUGCACCUCCUGCAUGAGGAGGAGCUCAUCCAGCAGGUGGUAGAAAGAGAAGAGUCCCAUGACUCUCGCUGCCUCUUCAGGGUGUGUUUUGUUCCCAAGGACCCCCUGGAUCUCCUGAAAGAAGACCCUGUGGCCUUUGAGUACCUCUAUCUGCAGAGCUGCAGUGACGUGCUCCAGGAGCGCUUUGCUGUAGAAAUGAAAUGCAGCUCUGCACUUCGACUAGCGGCCCUGCACAUCCAGGAGAGGAUCUAUGCGUGUGCACAGCCACAGAAGAUCUCUUUGAAGUAUAUAGAGAAAGACUGGGGAAUAGAGAACUUUAUAUCUCCAACUUUACUCCGAAACAUGAAAGGCAAAGACAUCAAGAAAGCCAUUAGCUUCCACAUGAAGAGGAACCAGAAUUUGCUGGAACCCCGACAGAAGCAACUUAUUUCUGCUGCCCAGCUACGUUUAAAUUAUCUACAGAUCCUUGGGGAACUCAAGACAUAUGGUGGGAAAAUCUUUAAUGCUACUUUAAUGUUACAGGACAGAGAAUCCUAUGUUGCCCUUCUAGUUGGAGCCAAGUAUGGGAUUAGCCAAAUUAUCAAUAGCAAACUCAACAUCAUGUCCACACUGGCGGAGUUUGCAAACAUCAGCCGUGUAGAGCUGACAGAAGAGUCUGAGAAAGUGAGCAUGGUCAAAGUGUAUCUUCAGGAUGUCAAGGUUCUGACUUUGCUGCUGGAAGGCAACAGUGCAAAAGACCUCGCCUGCCUGAUUGCUGGGUACUACAGGCUGUUUGUUGACCCAGAUACCUCCAUUUUCCUCUGGCCUGGAAACAAACAAGUGCAUCGGGUAUCAGCUGAAGAAGGCUAUGAAUCCAGGGCCUGCAGCGACUCCGAGGAGUCCUCUGAAAUAGACUGUGUCCUGGAGCCUCUUUCUGACAGACGGCUGGUGAAGCUGGGCCCCUGCAGUCCUCUCACAGAAGAGGAGCAGCCUCUUGGGAACAGCCCCAUGCUGGAGGUGUCCAGGAAAGGCCCAAGCACCUGUGGAGCCAGCAGCAUGACAGACAGUGCCGAGUCUGAGGCGUCCGACUCGGCCAACACCGAGAGCCGAGGCUGCAGGACCAGUGGCUCGAGUGAGUCCAUGGAUGCCCUGGAAGAGGACGACUUAGAUGCCUGCUCCUCCAUCAGGUCUAGCUUCUUCUACUUUGACUCACCAGGUUUCCCAGACAGUCUUGAUUCCGACAGCCAAGAGGAGAGGAGCGGGAUCGAAACCAAUGGCUUCCUCUGUCUCAUGGACCUGACCCAGAGGACCAACCCUCAGGGCCACAAGACAAAGUUUUCCGAGAGUCCCGCUCCCGAGACAUUCAGCUGGGGACCAGAACUGAGCGUGGUCAGGCUGGACCCCAGGAUGUAUGAAGGCAGCCGGAUCAACUACUACAGUCUGUGCUCCAGCAUCUCCCCGGCCAGCCACCUGAGCGACAGUUUAGAGAGCACAGCUUCCCGGCAGGGGGGAGCCCCGCCAGCCUGGGGUCAGCAGGGCUGGACUGAGGCCCAGCCCAGCACCGCGCUGGAAGCCCUGGCCCCGUGCCCGCCGCCGACCUUUGAGGAUGGCAGCUCAGAUGAGGAAUACUAUGACGCAGCUGACAAGCUCACGCCCCCACACACCCUCUCAGGGCCCAGAGCUGUUUCUGCUACAGAACCCAGUGCCAUAAGCUUGCAGAGUAAGGCCAGCACUUGCAGGCCUGAGGACAGCCCGAACUCUGGGCCAGAUGGAAGAGAGCCGAGCAGAAGGGGAGGGGCAAAGAAGUAUUCCAAGACCCUGAGAAAAAGAAGGUCUUUCCUACAGACCGACUACACCUCCCAGGUCUCAUUUCCCCUGGUGCCAUCAGCCUCCCUGGAGAGCGUGGACGACGUUUGCUACUAUGACAGGGAUCCCUACCUCGCCCUCAGUGCACCCUCUCCUACUGUGUCCUCUCUGCAGGAUGUGCAAGGUGAGCCUGGCCUCCUGGAGACCAAGGCUCUGGGGCUGCAGGCUCCCCUGAGGGAGGCCAAGAACAAAAACCCAGCCUCCAGUGUCAUGGAGAUGGAGCCCGAGACCAUGGAAACCAAAUCAGUCAUUGACUCUCGAGUAUCUUCCAUUUCUGCCAUUCGCCUCCGGAUUGACCCCAACCAUAAAGAGAAUUCUGGGGCUGCCCCUUUGACUGCCACUGUUGCCAGUUCCUUGGCAAGCACCCCUCACUGUUCCAACCCAGGUUCAUCUGGCCCAGAUACUGUUCAAGCCCAGCCUUCCCAAAUCUUACCUCUAUUUCAAGACCCAGAUAGCACUGCCCCCAAAGAACUCACCCUAGAGCGUGGGGACAGCACCUUCUCCCUCUCCAGUGAUCACCCUAACCCAGACAGAGUCUGCCUGGCCCUCAGCCCAGGACCACAUAAUGUCUCUCAAGGAGAAACACUAGAGCUGGGAGGAGUCCAACUGGAAAUGGGAUCGGGAUCUUUUAUUACAAAUCAUAUGCAAGAAACUGCCCCCCAAAACACAGAGCCUUUGUUGUCUCCUGGAGAUGGACCUGAAAGUGAUGAAUGUGGAAUAAAUUCAGGAGAGAAAAUGGCUUCUGUCCCUAAAAAGAAGGAGCAACAAGGACAACUGUCUUUUGAAAGUGACAGAGAAAUUACAAACAAAAAAGGCACUAACUUGUUUCAGGAGUCUGGGAAGGAUUCGGGUGACCCCAAGGGUGAUGAGUCAAAUGCUGUUCCACUGGCUCUUGAUGUUCGUACUCUAGCUGGUGAGACCAUAACCUCCCUCUCCCUGGGGGCUCCUGUAACAAGGACUGUGCAGACCCCGCCACAAUCCCCCAGAGGACAAAGCAGAGAAACCCCAGGCCAAGCCUGCUGGGCCCAAGAACAAAAAAUGCUGGCAGAGUUGGAUUUAGAGCCUGAUUUUUUACCUGGGGAACAGAACAUUCCAUCAGUCUUCCCUCCAGAGGGGGUCAAGGCAGAGCCACUUAACCAUGUAACAGGGGAAGAUACAGCCCCUCAGGAAACCCCUCAGCAGGUCUAUUUUAACCCAGGUCCUUCCCUGCCAAAGCCACUACCAUGUUCCCAAGAGGAGCCCCAUUUAGAAGCUUCAAACCAUUGUUCACUGUCAGAAAGCAAAGACAGCUCUAGCAUCUGCCUUCCUGCUGAGAAGUCUGUCCUGUGUUUUGCUGCAGAAAGCCAUCCUGAAGUUCCUGCCAGUCUCAGGAUAGCCAAAACUUUGGGUUUUGCGGGUGUGGAUGAGGCAGCUCCCAGGAUUGGGCUGGAUCAGUGUAGCUGUCAGUUCUCCUAUGCCACGUGCUUUCGCGGCCCGCAGCCUGAGACAGAGGAAGAAGACAAGGACUCAGAAGCACACAUCACAGCCCCCCUCACCUCGCCGCCCUCUGCCGGAAGCCAGCUGCUUCUGCCCUGGAGGCCUGCCCGGGCCCACAGCUGCAGCACUGAGCCCCUUUUGAGGAAAAGCCACAUCUGGCCAGAGUACUGCUCCAGGGCUCUGAGACAGCUGAAAGCCGCCCCUGCCAGCACCCCUGAGGGCUUCAUCCAACUCAUGGAGAGCUUGCUGGAGCUACAGGACAUUUUAGAAGCUUCCUGGUGGAUUGGAAACAAACACGCCCCAGAGAAGUGCACCUGGCACUUUUCUGAAAGCCGGAGCCGCCUCUGCAUGGGCUCCCAGAAGCUACUGUCGAGCUGUCAGCAUGUGAUCAGAAUGGACCAGUCCCCUGAAGAGAUGCAGGGUGCCGUGCGUGACACCUUCCAGCACCUGGUCCAGCUGGCCAGCCUGUGCUUCCAGUUCACAGACUGCAGCCGCUGCUCUGCCCGGCACAGGGAAGCGGCUGGGAACCUGAGGGACGUGGUGUAUACCUACCACCAGUUUGUAGAGGCUGCUAAAUUGACCUGUGAGAGAGGCUACCACGACCUGAGUGUGAAACUCUUGGCUCGUCAGUGCACGGCUCUCACAGCUGCCGUGUUCUGCUUGACCCAGAAGUUCCGGGCAUCCACUGCACUGUGAACAGGUCAACUUCCUAGGGACCCCUGCCCCACCCUGCCCUGGACACUUCCCUGGGAAGCCCCUUCCAGUUCCUCACCCAUCCCCUUCAAAUGUUUACUCUCUAGAGUAUUCAAAUAAAAUGCUACUUAAUCUUGGCCUGAA